CACACACACACACACACACGGGAGGGGAUGCUGGUUUCUGGAGCUACUGAAGUGAGGAUAUGAUAGGAAACCAUUUAGAUGCAGGGUACAGAACAUGAGGAAUGAUGGUUUGGUGAGCCGAGACAUCAUGCAGGACCUUUAGUAUGUAACUAACACGGUGGUCUGGCCACUUCCUUCCACUUAAUCAUUUUCUCCUCAACACAGUCAUGGCAUCAUCAUCCCUUGUGUCAGAGCCCAGGGCCCUGGGGUUCAGAGUUCGUGAUUUGCCGAAGGUCACCUAGCUCAUGAGUGAGUGGCACAGCCAGAAGUCACACACACGUCCUCCGGCCUCCUGCCCCAGGCCGCCUCUCACUUUGCUGGUGCUUUAUCUCAGAGGGCCACAUGCCGGCCUGACCUAAAAAUAGCUCACAUUUAUGGAGCACUUCGUCGGCUACAUUCUGCUAAGCACUUUACACAGAUUACCUCUCAUAAUCCUCGCGACAACCCUAUGGUCAUUAUCCUCUCUGUUUUACAGGUGGGGAAACAGACCCGAGAGAGAUGUGAUAUGUGGCAAGUCACACAGGCUGGUGGGUGAUGGAGCCAAAUGGGAGGCCAGUGAAAAUCUCCCGCUGGAGCCCAGCCUUGGGGUGGCCCAGCAUGGAAGCAGCCACAGCUCUGGAGGCGGCCUCGGGAUCCAUACUGAAGGUGAAAGAAAUGAGCCCAGCCGAUGCUGAAGGACCCCCGGCUUUAUCUCAACAAGAGUCCGGCUGCCCCAUUCCCCAGCUCCUGUCCCUUACAGACGAGCACCCCAAGAUCUGGCUACCUCAGACCUUGAGGCAGACCUAUAUCCAGAAGGUCGGAGACACUGUGAACGUACUAAUCCCAUUCCAGGGCAAACCCAAACCUCGAGCCACCUGGACACAUGAUGGCUGUGUCUUGGAUGCCAGCCGUGUGAGUGUGCGGAAUGGGGAGCAGGACUCCAUCCUCUUUUUUUUUUUUUUAAAUUUUGGACUCCAUCCUCUUCAACCGAGAAGCCCAACGUGCGACUCGGGUCGCUACCAGCUCAGUGUGCAACUGGGAGAGCUGGAGACCACUGCCACCACUGACAUCCUGGUGAUCGAGAGGCCAGGCCCUCCUCAGACUAUCAAGUUGGUGGAUGUUUGGGGCUCCAGUGCUACUCUGGAGUGGACACCUCUCCAAGACACGGGCAACACAGCACUCCUGGGAUACACCGUGCACCGUGCUGACACAAAAUCUGGGCUGUGGUUCCCAGUGCUGGAGCGUUAUCAAGGCACCAGCUUCACGGUCUCCAAGCUUAUCAUGGGCAACUCCUAUGCCUUUCGAGUCUUUGCUGAGAACCAGCGUGGGCUCAGUGAGACCGCCCCCAUCACUGCUGACCUUGCGCACAUCCAGAAAGCAGAGACUGCUUGCAAGACCGAGGGGUUUGCGCAGCGAGAAUUCUCUGAAGCCCCAAAGUUCACCCAGGCUUUGGCAGACCGCACGACGGUCAGCGCCUAUGACACGCAGCUCUUCUGCUGUGUCUGCGCCUCUCCCAAGCCAAAGAUCAUCUGGCUGAAGAACAAGAUGGAUAUCCAAGGCAACCCCAAGUACAGAGCUCUCAGUCACCUGGGAAUCUGCUCUUUAGAAAUCCGCAAGCCUGGUCCCUUUGACGGGGGCAUCUACACCAGCAAGGCGGUUAACCCCCUGGGGGAGGUGUCUGUGGACUGCCGGGUGGAUGUGAAAGGUAAGGGCAGAACUCAUCCCCUCUCUCCACAGCUGGAAAAUUCGGGGACGGAGCCACAGCCUGCAGGGAGCAGGGCUUGGCUGGCUCCCCCUGCAGGUGCUCUUGGCACUGUCAUCAUCAGGAUGGAUUCGAGGAGCCGUUUUUAUUAUCCAAUAUCAUAUUUCUCUCCAACAUAAUUCUGUAAUACAGAAUGGCUAGUUCCAUUCUGCAAAGGAGAAACCUGAAGCACAGGGUGGUGAUCGGUUUACCCCAAGAUUCCCAGCACUGCUUAAGUGAGGAGUCAGCACUGGGGUGGAAAGAGCCCAAGCCUCCUGGCCUUCACUCAGAUCGUUUGUCUUGCAACUCUAUAGUCUUUGACUCAGUCCAGGAAAGCUGCAGCUGUCUGUUAGGCUUUUAAACAAACCAGAGGACUUGCCCCUCCGGUUUGUUAAAAGGCUAAGCACAUCCUCUCUACCUCUUUUAAAGUAUUCAUUCAUCCAUCCAUUCCUGUCGCCUUGUUCUGACGUCCGUCAUUGCAUUUAAUGUAUUGUUAUAUAAAUGCCUAUUUACUGAUGUUUCUCCAUUAAACCAAGAGCACUGUGAGGGCGGGGACAGUCUGACUCGUUUUUGUCGCCCCCCCCCAUCCCCGCCAGUGUGGAGCCCAGUUUCUGACACACAGUGGGCACUCUCUAAGUGUGCACAGCAUGAAUCAGGAAUGAACGGGCCAUUACAUGCCCUAUUAUUCCCCCUGAGGAGACUCCUGAUUAGCACCAUGGACUCUGCAGAAACCUGAGAAGUAUAUCCCUUCCCAGUGCUCCUCCACAAGAACAUUUCCCAGAGAUUUUUGAGAUGUUAACUCUGAGAAAUGUCUGAAUUCUUGCAGCUACUCAUUGAGGCUCCCCGAGAGGAUGAGGGCAACUCUGACAAAGGUAAGGAAAGAGAGACUGGGGUUCUGAAUGGAGUAGGUCAUGUUUAUGGCUAGUGUUGAGUCUGGGACAGAUAUGUAUUCCUGAGUCUUUCAACCAUGCAGUCAUUGGUGACUACUUUCCUUUUAACCACUUUUUUUGGUAAGCUGCUAUCAUCUCCGUGGAAGGAAUUUACUAUAGAUGGUACUACUUUCGUCACAUCCUCUAUCUGUACUCAAGUUGAUGACGGGUAUGAAACCUAAUGGUCCUCUGAAAAGGAAUAACAUCUACCUGACAAUAAGCGGGUUCUGUGGGAGGGAGGUGGGCAGGUGCUACAAGAAAAUGCAUCAGGGGAACCACCAGGAGUGGGGGAUGGAAAAGAGACAGGAAGUUGCUGCUGUCCACUGUUUCUACCUCAGAAUCAUGAGCAUGGUGAGAAGCAGAUCAGUUUGCUUCUCUUUUACUUUGAAGUUUAUGAAUUCCUUCCCUUCUGAGAGAAGAAACCACCAUUACCUUCGUGUCAAUAAUAAUUAAACAUGUGGGUAUGUGGUCCCAAGCAGCACAUUACUGGCAAAGAGCAACUCAGAUCAUCGUUUAAAAUGGGAUAGCUCCUUCAGGUUCUAAAUCACACACAGCGGAAAUGCUGUGUGCGAACUGAUGAGUGGGGCGAGAAAGCAGCUCGUGGGAGAAUUAAGGAGAACUGGUUCCCAAUGUCUCCUUGGACUUGCAGUUCCUGGCUGAUAAAAAUUGAGGAUGAAUACCAUCUGAGAAGCCAUUUAGUUGAGUCCAUCAUUGAUAGAGAGCAAAUAAAAACCCUCAGGGAUGCAUUAAAAGCACAGACUUCUCAGGAGAGCUCUCUCUGCCAGUUGGCUUGCAAAGACAGUUCUCUGGCCACCCCUCAGUUCCCUCUCUGGGUUAAUGUUAAUGUUACGUUGGGGUUAGCCUUGUCAGCGGGACUUGCUCUGCUACCUCUCUCUCAGCAAGCACACAGAAACAAAGCAGGGUAACUAGAGAAGUGACAGCACAGGACCCAGGGAGCAUGAAGCGGAUUGCCUCAGCAUCCUGGAUGUACGCUGGGUGUUUGCUGUUACAGCCACAACAUACCGUUUCUUUUCUGUGCCUCCAGAAAGCCUGACUGGGGCAAGACUGUGUUCUUAAGGAGCUCCGGCACAGCGUCUGGUUUGGGCUAAUCUAAAUAAAUGUGUGGAUCCUCAGUGGCUAA